AUGAAAGAUAUUUACAUAUGCAAUCUGAUCACUCGUGAAUAUACCGAGCUCAGCUACCCUGAGCUCGUGAAUUUUCCGAAUCUAGUGUUGCAAUUUGGAUUUGGUGUGAGCAAAAUCAGCGGGCAAUAUAAGGUAGUCUUGAUCAAUGGGGACACUGGUUCCAACUCUCAUUAUGUAUACACCCUCGGAACCGGAACAUGGAGGCGCGUUAAAGCCGGAGCUUCCUCUGGUUUCAAUUUAUGGGAAUGUUUUAGCAUCUUCUCUCUUCCUCCUAUGGGUAUUAGACAUGGGGAAUUGUCUGUUUUGAGGGACUGCAUGUGUUAUUCUUACUGCGCACACAACAACGAUGAAAUUGUCAUCUGGAUGAUGAAGGAAUACCAAGUCGAUGAAUCUUGGUCCAUAGAGUACAAGAUGAGUACUACUUGUUUAGAUUUAUCUCUUCGUAAGCAUUGUAUAUCUGUUGAAGCACUUAAACUGUUUAAAGAUGGUGAUGUUUUGAUGUUGCUGGACAGUUCUAUUUUAGUCUACUACUCCAACAAGACUAGAACUCUUGAAGAAGUUAAUGUGUUGAAGGAUGCAGAUGCAAAGAAGGGUUAUGCCUUGAUUUUCAAUCCUAGCCUUCUCCCACUCAAGAGUUUGGGAUUCGAGAAUGUGAUCUCGUUUUAG